AUGCGCAAGGAAGGGCGUAAAAGGGUACAGAAAGGUAUUAGAGAGUACAGAAGGGUUCAUAAGAGUACGGGAGUGUACAGAAGGGUGCGGAAAGGAUGCGGAAGGGUGCAGAAGGGUAUGGAAGAGUAUGGAAGGGUACGGAAGGGUAUGGAAGAGUACGGAAGGGUACGGAAGGGUACGGAAGGGUAUGGAAGAGUACGGAAGGGUACGGAAGGGUGCAGAAGGUUAUGGAAGAGUAUGGAAGGGUACGGAAGGGUGCAGAAGGUUAUGGAAGGGUAUGGAAGGGUAUGGAAGAGUAUGGAAGGGUACGGAAGGGUGCAGAAGGUUAUGGAAGAGUAUGGAAGGGUACGGAAGGGUGCAGAAGGUUAUGGAAGGGUAUGGAAGGGUAUGGAAGAGUGCAGAAGGUUAUGGAAGGGUAUGGAAGAGUACGGAAUUGUACGGAAGGGUAUGGAAGAGUACGGAAGGGUACGGAAGGGUGCAGAAGGUUAUGGAAGGGUAUGGAAGGGUACGGAAGGGUGCAGAAGGUUAUGGAAGGGUAUGGAAGGGUAUGGAAGGGUACUGAAGAGUGCAGAAGGUUAUGGAAGGGUACGGAAGGGUGCAGAAGGGUAUGGAAAUGCAUGGAAAUGUGUGGAAGGGUAUGGAUAG